UUAAAUUACCAUGUUGAAGCGGCGAUACCCAACUGGGUUUGGCUCUUUCUGGCGAUCACGUUUUUUGCCAAUUAUGCGCUCGAUGGAAUGGAUGGAAAGCAAGCACGACGAACCGGAACCUCAGGUGCAACUGGAGAAUUUUUUGAUCAUGGUAUUGAUACUUGCAUCACAGUGCCCUUGGCUAUAACAUUGUUCUCGAGCGUGGGUCGUGGCGAAUUCAGCACGCCUUUUGUGAGGGUAAUGUACGUGUUACUGAGUGUUCAAAUUUAUGUUCAUGCUAUUCACUGGGAGCAAUAUAAUACUGGUGUGAUGCGCUCUCCAUGGGGAUAUAAUAUCGGAAACUGGAUGCUUAUGGGUACCUACCUGAUGACUUAUAUAAUUGGGUGUGAAUCGUAUAAGACCUAUGUUUUUGGUUUAAUAAGACCGGUGAUCCUGUUGGAAACUGGAUUUUAUAGUUCGCAUUAA